UCUUCUGUCCUCACUCUGGUGGCUGGCUGGCUGGCUCGCUGCGGCUGUAACCGUUCAGCACAUCGUUCUCGCUGCCUCCGUGGUCUCCAUGACAACAGGCUGUCACAAAGGCGUCAAAAAGUCACCAAGCAGCUGAGAUCAGGAAGAAGGAAGCACCUGGUCCCACCCUCGCCCGGCUCUCUAAGUAAUCCAGACCUUGCAGGCUCCCCCUCUGUUCUCCUGUCUCCCGCUGUUGCGUCUACACAUGUUGUCGUGACUGGAGCAGAGGAGAGGACAAACAGAGAGGAUCUGAGUCAGGAUCUGAAAAAACACCAAAAGGAGAAGAGAAACUCUGACUUGUCCUCUCUGGCUGUGUGAGUGUUUGGAGUUGGUCGCCUGAGAUUUGUUCUCAUUGUGCUUUUUGUGGGGGCCCUGUCACUGAAGACAGGAGUCUGCUUGACAACCAGCACGAGGCGAGCGGCGAACCCGACGGACAGCGCAGAGGAGGAGGUGAAGAGAAAGAAAGAGAAGAUGAGAAAGUGACAAGUUGGAUCGUUGCUUUUUGUGUGGUGGAAGAAGAACCGACAGCAACGCAGCAACUACACGUCCCAUCAUCCCACAGGCCCAAAAUCUGAUUGGAUGGUCUUGUCAGAAUGACAGCGGAAGAUCCCGUUUCCUCAUCAAACAUGAGCAACAACUCUACACCCUCCAAACCCUCCAAACCUUCAGGUGCCUCCUUCCAUCCACUCCAAGGACAGAUCACCCUCCCAGAGGGAGUUGCAGGAGCUCCCAAUGAGGCUGCACUGUUGUCCUUGAUGGAGCGCACUGGCUACGGUAUGGUCCAAGAAAACGGUCAGCGUAAAUACGGGCCCCCUCCAGGCUGGAGUGGUCCAGCUCCUCCUCGAGGAUGUGAAAUCUUCGUUGGCAAGAUCCCACGAGACGUUUACGAGGACGAAUUGGUCCCGGUGUUUGAGACAGUAGGCCGCAUCUAUGAGAUGCGCCUUAUGAUGGACUUUGAUGGGAAAAACCGGGGGUACGCAUUUGUUAUGUACACAGAAAAACAUGAAGCCAAGAGAGCAGUACGGGAGCUCAAUAACUAUGAGGUGCGGCCUGGCCGGCUGCUGGGGGUCUGCUCCUCGGUGGACAACUGCCGUCUUUUCAUCGGUGGGAUUCCCAAAACCAAGAAGCGCGAGGAGAUCCUGGAGGAAGUCUCCAAAGUGACGGAAGGCGUAUUAGACGUGAUAGUUUACGCCAGUGCUGCUGACAAGAUGAAGAACCGUGGCUUUGCAUUUGUAGAGUAUGAAUCACAUCGAGCAGCCGCCAUGGCUCGCAGAAAGUUGAUGCCGGGAAGAAUUCAGCUGUGGGGCCACCAGAUCGCAGUGGACUGGGCUGAGCCAGAGAUUGACGUAGAUGAAGACGUGAUGGAGACAGUAAAGAUACUCUACGUUAGGAAUCUAAUGAUGGAGACCAGCGAGGAGACAAUCAGAAACAUUUUCAGCCAGUGGAACCCCGGAUGCGUGGAGCGUGUGAAGAAAAUCCGUGACUAUGCUUUCGUCCACUUUAUGUCCCGAGAUGAUGCUGUGCUGGCCAUGGACCACCUCAAUGGCACAGAGAUCGAAGGGUCCUGCAUCGAAGUGACACUUGCCAAGCCGGUAGAUAAAGAGCAGUACUCACGUCAGAAAGCCUCUAAAGGAGGAGCUUCUGCUACACCAGAGCCUACCCAGCAGAACUACAUCUACCAGUGUGACCCCUACACGUUGGCUUACUAUGGUUACCCUUACAGCACACUUAUUGGACCCAACAGGGAAUACUUUGUGAAAGGAUCCCCAAUGAUACAGAACAAUGCAGGUUCCGUGCGAGGGCGUGGUCGUGCAGCCUCAGGUAAUCGUACCCCUGGACCUCGAGGGUCUUACCUAGGGGGUUAUUCUGCCGGUCGUGGCAUCUACAGUCGCUACCACGAGGGCAAGACCAAGCAGCCCGAAAAGCCCUAUGAACUGAUACCCAGUCUGGAGCUCCCUGCCUCCGUCAACCCAGUUGGCAUCAAACCAGGCACAAUGGCAUUGCCGACUCUAGGUGGACAGUACCAAGUGUUCAGCGCUCCUCCUGCAGCCAAAGUGAUGGAGGAGGGGAAAGUGCACUCAGUGGAGCACCUCAUGAACCCUCUGACCAUGCAGCACCCUGAACACAGUGCUGCCACUGCUGCUGCUGCCGCCGCCACUGUCUUACCUUCAGUGUCCACACCUCCACCGUUCCAGGGCCGUCCAAUCACUCCCGUCUACGCCAUGGCCCACAACGUCCAACGCAUCCCAGCCGCUGCCAGCCUGUAUGGAGCUGGGUACGUCCCUAUCGCUAACUAUGCCGCAAACACAGCCGCUCUGGCUGCCCUGCAGAAAAACGCCGCCAUGGCAGCCACGGCAUAUGGAGGUUAUGCUGGCUACGCCAUGCCCCAAGCCUUCCCCGCCGCGGCCUUCCCACUGCCCAUCCAUGACAUCUACCAGUCGUACUGAAACAGGGGCUCAGAUCGAGUCAUCCAGUGACUGAAUCUCAACAGCAUCUGUCCACGCCACAAAAACAUCUUUUGAACUUGAUCUCUAAUGGGAUACGUAGCAAAUACUAAGACUGCAAGACUGGGACAAAAUUAUGGCCUGGUAUUUUCCAUUAGUUGCUGUCAUCCUCUCUAUAUUCCGGGGCUAGAAAGGGGAGCAGCUCUGUUAGACAGCGUCACUGUUUUAUUUUCUGAAUGUUGUAACACACUUCAAAUGCUUCCCCUGCAACAGUAACCACAACUCCAGUAAUAUACAUAUUGUCUCUCUUUCAUUGCACCAUCUUGUUGCUGUUGCAGCAGGGACAUUUACGGUACUUUUUAAAGUAUUUAUGAAGAAAAGACGCAUUAUUAAUGCUUUAUUCCUUUUGCUUUUUUUUUUAUCUUGGUAUUUUUUUUUUUCUCUGAAACAGAUCUAUACACUGUGUAAUGUAUGAAAACAAAGAAAGCGAAGUAAAUGGAAAGAAGGAAAAGGCAACCAGGAACUACUGAUAAGAUGAUACCACUGUCUUUGGAUAUAUCCAUGUUUGUAGUCUUUUUUUCCCAUUAAUAUCUAGUAUUCUAGCCAGUUUUGCAUGCUGUAGGUGAUGCUGUCCAUGCUGGUUGAAUGUGUAUUGCUUUCCAUGUGCCCAAUUGGUACUUUUUGGUGUAGUUUGUUUUGUGUGUUUCAGUUGUUUUAAAUGAAGGUUUUAGGUCUUUGUUUUGUUCCCUGAUUCUUUUGUCCCUGGUUAUGAACUUCUGAAACAUGUAUCUUAAUGUUGAUACACUAUAAAAACUCCUGGGUUUAAAACAACCUAAUUUCAGAGCAUAUCACUAACCAAUCUGUGGGUCAAAUGUAGAUCAAUCCAAACUUGCAUAUGUAAAUGGAUUCAAUUGAAAGAUUUUUAGCUUAACUUAGCAUUAAUAAAAAAGCAUCAAAUUUUAAUAAAUAAGAUAUAGAAAGAAAGGAAAGUGAUUAUGUACUGAAAGAUUGUUAGUGACUAACAAUUAAUUUUGGAUAAAAGACAAAUCAUGCUCAUUAUACAACACUAUAAAAUUAUUAUUUUGUUUCUUUCAGCAGAUCUUUUAUUAAACUCGAAAGUCAAAAAUAAUUGAAUACAAACAUUUAAGAAAGUAGUAACUUUAAAAUUGCAAAGAAACUUAAAUUAGAUGUAAAACCCUGUUUCUUCAACCCAUUUAUAUUAACUCUGUAACAAAUUCUUUGGUUUAGUACUAGCUUGUGCAGACAGGUACUAGGCUAAUGUUAAUCUUGAGUGACUAAGCUUGUUCUUUAAUGCUAACACUAGUGUUGUGGAAAAUAAUAACACAACCCACUGACAUAAACAUAAUAACACAGCAUUAAUUUACCAUCUUAUCCUUUGGUAUUUCAUCCAGCAAUGUUUGAUCAGGUUGUUUCGUAGUUCAAAAUGUCUCUCUCUAAACCGACAACCUCGGUCACGAUUGUUGACUAAAUGAUUGGUUGAAAGUACCUAAACACUCUCCCAACAGCAGAAAUCCAACAUUUGUGGUAAAAAAAAAAUUACCCUGCAGUUUUUUUUGUGUGUGUGUACCUUUUAAAGAUAAGAGUCCAAAAGGCACAAAAAUGAAGAGCAAACUGGAAUACAUCAUGUGCCUUUAGAUGUUCCCCAUCAUUAGAAACUGUAUUAAUAGGGGACUAAGACUGAAUAGAUGUUUGUUUUCCUUCAUUUAAGUAUAUUUAAUUGUUGUUAUGAAAUGCUUGAGUCUUGAAAGGUGAACAAAUAUGUUUGUUUUUCUUUAAGAACUGGGUUCCUACACUGCUUGGCCCAUCUCCAUUUUUGCCAACCAAAUACUUAAUACACUCCAAUCUGAUGACUUCAGAGAGGCUCUUUGCGCUUGGCUACAGUGCCUUACAUCACCGUACAGUACGUGCCUUUAGAAACAAAACAGGGCUGUGAGGUUGACACCAGAAGGAACAGACUCCCAUCUGUGCACGGCACCUGAGUCUUCUUCUAUUUGUAUUUCCAGUGAACUUUAUUUUUGUUAUUACUGUAUCAUAGUGAGAUGAGUGGGUUUGAGCCUCUGGAGUCAGAUGUCAGAAUGACUCUGCAGUAACACUCCUGCCUCCCUCUUUAUUUCUCCUCCUCCAAAUCGCUCUAGACCGAGGUGCACUUAAACAUAUUUAUAACUGGCAUGGAAACGCCACCUUGAAAUGAAGAGAUAUUAAAUACAGAGCAUGAACUCAUGAGUGGACAUGACUAGUUUGGCUGUUUGUUUUGAAGUGUGUUAUUAAUGUGUGAGUUUUACUUUGCCGACGAAAAAAAGAAAGUCUUUAAGAUAUGUUUUUUGGGGCACUUGUGAAACUUCAAACUUUGCUUGCAAGAAGUUUAAAACUGGAGCAAUACCUCACUCUUAAAUAUGCAAGAAGGCAUGCAAUGUGCUGAAUGUAGUGAAACCUCCAAACUACUUCAAGCAGCUGCUAAUCAGGAAGUCACUGUCAUUACAGUCACAUAAACAGCGGUGAAAAUAUGUUCUGAACCUGUCAACGUUUUCCAGUAGUUAGCGCCAAGUCUAUGGUGAUCACAACCCAAGUAGUCAACACAAACAAAGGACAUGAUUUCAAAUUUAGUGUGGAAGCCAGAGUGGGAACUCAGGGAAUAAGUAUUGAAGAUGUUUACUGAAUUGCCCAUUUCUCAAGAGACAAGACUUGUUUUGGUAAUUACAACUUCAAGAUGUUGUCUACAUGCUGACUUCAAAUCUUUCUUUUCUUUCUUUAUAGAUAUCCCACUGGAUUAAAGUCCAGUGAUUGACUUAGCCAAUAAAGACUUUUUUCUCUUUCUUUGAAAUCAACAGAGUUCCCAAUACUAAUUUGAAAUAAUAAGAAACAAGAUUGCUUUUCAAAUACUCCUAGAUUUCAGAUGUUUUCUUAGCUUUUUAUUUGUUUUUACUUCCUUUCAUUCACAUGUUCAAUAUUUAUUCCCUAUAGAAACACUUUGAUUUCUCUGCAUACUUACAUAACUUGGGUUAUUAAAGUCAAAAGGUAUAAAAUUGUGUCAACAGGCCACUUAAGAACAUUUUCUUAUACUGAAUACUUAUUUUCUCCGCUGUAUAUAAAACCUUUUUUUAAUGUAGACUUGUAUUUUCAGUUCAGUUUUAGUUCCUGUUUUGCCAUCUUUUCAUUUGGAAUAUUCUUUUAUUUUCCACAUUUUUGAUUACCACACACAACUCUGAAAGUUGUGGGGAAAAUUGGACUGUUGAUAAAAUAAGUUAUUUGUUCCAAGAUGUUAAAUGAAAAGCAACCGUGUUGUCUUGAGCUCAUAAUCUCACUCCAAGUUGUCCCUUUUUUUGCUCCAAUUAAACUGGACUUCAUGUAGAGGACUAACUGCUGUUAACUGCUUUUAUGAUGAAGACGGAAAGUCUGGAUAAAUAUAUAUAUAUUUAAUAUAUGCAUUACAUUUGUUAUGUAUGAAGUAAAAAAAAGGUAUAAUAUAUUUCUUUACUUAUUUACAACUUGAGUAGGGAUAAAAGUCAGAGUAACAAAAGUAGAAAAAUAUAUUUUUUUCCUCUUUGUAUUACUUUUUUUUUUUUUGCCAAAGUGAGCAAUAGUUUUUUAGCUUUUAACAUUUAUUGUAAUCUUCUAAUCUGUAACCUAAUGUACUUUGGUGUUAUGAGUGGGAACACAAAGAACCUUCAUGUUCAGCUACUUUUUAGCAGUUUCAGCAAGGAUUAAAAGCUAGCUCAUUGAAGUGUUACAACCCUGGCAUUUUUAGCUGGUCGUGUUGCAACUCUGCAUGUUAGUUUUGUCCGGAGAGUCCAACAAUGAUUUAGCUGCCUUUGGAAUUAACAAAAAGGCAAAAAACAAAACAAACAAAUAAAAAAAAAACAUGCGUCAGUGAAGUGCAGUCUGGCUUAACAUAGGUGUAAACUUUUAACUCCUCAUAGUGUGCCUUAUUGCCAAGUUGUAUUUGCUAAAGCUUUGUAGACUCAUUCAGACUUUUCUUUUUCUAUUAAGAGGUUUGUUAAAAAGAAAUAAGACCUUGUUCUUCAUUGUUAUAUUUAUAGUGAAAAACACAGUAAAUAAAGUGCUUUUGAAAGGA